AUGGCUUUUGUUUCAUUCUCUCUCUUUACUCUUCUAGUCCUCUUUUCUCUUUUACUAAAUCCAACUUCUGCCUUCAACCCCAAGCUGCUUAAUGUCUCUAAGCUUCAAUCUAGCACUAGUUGGUCACCUGCGGGUGCAACCUGGUAUGGAAGCUCCACAGGUGCCGGGAGUGAUGGGGGUGCUUGUGGAUAUGGAACUGCCGUAGACCAAGCACCAUUCUCUUCAAUGGUGUCUGCUGGAGGCCCUUCUUUAUUCAAUUCAGGCAAAGGAUGUGGAGCUUGUUAUCGGGUGAAGUGUACGGCGAAUCAGGCAUGCUCGGGGAAUCCGGUGACUGUCGUUAUCACUGAUGAGUGCGCUGGAUGUGUCGCAGAGUCUGUUCAUUUUGAUUUAAGCGGUACCGCCUUUGGAGCCAUGGCAAUUUCUGGUCAAGAAGAUCAACUACGCAACGCUGGAGUCUUGCAAAUUCAAUAUAGAAGAGUUCAGUGCAACUAUCCAGGUGUGUCCAUAGCCUUUCACGUUGAUUCUGGCUCCAACCCCUAUUACUUUGCUUCCCUAAUUGAAUAUGAAGAUGGAGAUGGAGACGUAUCUGCAGUUGACCUUAAACAGGAACUUGACUCGAGCACAUGGCAUUCCAUGCAGCAAUCAUGGGGUGCAAUUUGGAAACUUAAUUCAGGCUCACCAUUGCAAGCUCCUUUCUCCAUCCGCUUGACCUCGGCCGUGUCCGGACACACUAUUGUAGCUAACAAUGUCAUUCCAGCUGGUUGGCAACCAGGCCAAACUUAUCGAUCAGUCAUCAACUUCAAAUCCUAA